AGAAAUAAAUUUCCGUUUGUUGCACCGCAAGCACCAAGAACUAAUCUGGAUGAACUGAAGGCUCUUCGAGAACUGAAACAGCUGAAGGAACUUAAGGAACACUUAGGCGCUGCAUCCACAGCAACCAGAGGUCCCCUAGAAAGCACGACAAAGAUUGUACCAGGAGCAGUAACUUUCCAGAAUACAGAAGCCAUGACAAAGAUGUCCGGCGUGAGUCCAGUUGGAACAUUGGCUUACAUCAUAGACGAGCAAGCGCUACUCGUUAGAGUAAACACUGGCUGGCAAUACAUUGCAUUAGGAUCACUUUUGCCUAUAACUACACCAGCUCCGCCAACCACAUCACCGCCCCCAGCAAAUCCACCUUUCGAGGCUUCCAACUUGAUCAACCAAAUACCCGUGAAAGCAGACGGAACAGGACUACGAAUGGCGGCUUUGAACGAACCGUUUACCGGCGAUAUGCACGGCGUACGCGGAGCUGACUACGCCUGUUAUCGACAAGCAAAACGAGCUGGUCUAAGGGGUACAUUCCGUGCAUUCCUCAGUUCCAGGGUUCAGAAUGUUGACAGCAUUGUAAGACUCGGAGAUCGGGAUCUUCCUAUUGUCAACAUUAAGGGAGACGUUCUGUUUAACUCUUGGAAAGAAAUGUUCAAUGGAAAUGGAGCGUAUUUCUCGCAGAAUCCAAGAAUCUACAGUUUCAAUGGAAAGAACAUCCUAACUGAUUUUACGUGGCCCGAAAAGGUAGCGUGGCACGGUUCACACAAAUUGGGAGAUCGAGCAAUGGACACAUACUGCGACGCCUGGCAUUCGAGCAGCUCUGAUCGUUACGGAUUAGGAUCGCCUUUAACAGGCGGACGGCUGUUAGAACAAGUUCGCUACUCCUGUGACAACAAGUUCGCUUUACUCUGUAUAGAGGUGACCAGCGAGACCACAAGGAGGAGGAGGAGCGUCGAAGUUACCGAGGACGAGAACGAGAUGUCGGAGAACGAUUACAAGGAAUACUUGGAUGCUCUAAUGGAAAAUUAACUCUUCUCUUCCUCACCCUUAAUAUACGUAAACAACGGCAACAAACAAACGUUUCGCUCGUUGUUAUGCAAACAAAGAAAUCGAGACGCAUCCGAUAAUAAUCGCUGUUUGAUGGACGAAUGAGAAAGCAAUAAAAGAAGUAAUAAAAAAGUAUCAUUCGAACACGGUGAACCACCGUCAAACAGUGAUUAUCAGUCCCGUUUCUAAAAUCUGUAUCUGUAAUUCCAAAGGUUAUAAUCGCGAGCUAUUAGCCAACGCUUUACACGAAUUUUCGUUCUCUCUUUAAGAAAUAAGACUGAUCGUCUAAACAUCGUUCAUCAGUGUCCCACAUCGAUUGCCUGUACUCUUGAUCCAUCGAGUGCGAAUCGACUCUACAUCAUUAGGAAUACCCUACGUCACGACAAACGUCCAGUUCUUAGACCAUUACUGCGAAAACGAGUCUUCAAAGCGUGGCCAAGAAUGCCCGCCCCGAGUCACAAUUUACUGUUAAGAGAUUAAUGAAAAAAAAGCGAAAAAGUAGAAAAAAAGAAAGAGAAAAGAACGUAAACUAACGGGCUGCCGUGCGACCUAAAAUAAAAAUCGGAGUUCAUAUCCGCGAUCAAAUUGCAUUUACACUUUAGCCAAUACAUAUGGGUGUGUAUGUUAGAUGUAAGCAACCAGUCGGUUAAGAUGGAUUCCGCUAAAGACCAUUAUUGAGUUUUUUCGCAUUCGGAAUCCAGAUUUAUGCUCCGUGUACAAUUCGCGGCAGACAUAUCAGUGCGAUACGAAUUGCACGGUGUAUGAAGUUACAAGUACGAGAAGAGUCGCUAAUAUUUGGCCUAAUAAGUGUAGGCAAUCAAGAUAUUGUCAGAACUCGACGUAUACGUAGUACAAUAUAACCUCUAUUGUCGGAAUUAAUAGAGAAGCGAGAAUGUUCGUAUCAUUUUCCUGCAUUGAACUUCAUAUACUUUAGAUCGGUUAUGCGCGAACUGUAUGUGCACUCGUUAUAUUGCCACGGAGGGAGCUGUAGAAGAAAGUCUUGGAAUUAAUGAUGUUGAAUGAGGUCUGCCUGUUCAGCAUUUGAAAGUUUGUGAAUUUUCAAAUUUUCGUAUAUUUUCAUUUUGAGAAAAUCUUGACAUUUUUUAAUUUUUGG